AUCUUAGUUAUAAAAUGAUAUGGCAACUGCAAGAAGAGAAUUCAUUGCAGCCCUCACUCGUAAGACGUUGGAAAACAUUCAUUAUUGAAAGAGCAAUAAUAGGCGAUUUGUUCACCAGAAUAAAUGCAAUCUUUCGCAUUAUCCAUGACUAUAAUUCUGCUCGUCUUGCUAAACAUUAUAAUUAACAUCGAGGCACAGAUCACUUCCCUCUAUCAUUGGUGCCCAAACACAUCCACUUUCACCAAAAGUAGCAUCUACCGGUCCAAUCUAGAGCAACUCCUCUCUUCUCUUUCUUCAAACGCGAUCCGCAGCAAUGGCUUCUAUAACGCUUCUAUUGGGCAGGACCCCAAUGACGUCUAUGGCCUCUUUCUUUGCCGAGGUGAUUUAAGCUCUGACGUCUGUCAAAAUUGUGUGACUUUUGCAGUUCAAGAGAUCAUUCAACUUUGUCCCACCAACAAAGUGGCGGUAGUAUGGUACGACGAAUGUUUCCUACGUUACUCAAACCAGUCCAUCUUCUCUAUUCUGGCUACAACACCUAUUAUAUUCAUGUGGAAUUCGCAGAAUACAACAGAUCGUUUAUACAAUGAUAGCCGAUUGGUGGCCACUAUUAGUGACACAGCUUCUAAGGCCGCAUUUGCCUCGCCAAGUUCUAAACUAAAGUAUGCAAUCGGAGAAUAUCAAGCCAGUCCAUCUUCUGAAAUACUUUACAGUCUUUCACAAUGCACACCAGAUCUCUCUAGCUAUGAUUGUUAUCAAUGUCUUCAACAAGGCAUCGGGCGAUUGCCGGGUUUUAGCACUGGAAGGAGAGGAGCAAGAGUCCUCUUUCCAAGCUGUAAUAUUCGUUAUGAAUUUUACCAAUUCUAUAAUAAGACGCCUGUAAUUCCUUCUCCAAAAGACCCUAGAGCUCCAAGACAGUCACCUUCACCAUCCAAAGACAACAAGACAGGAGGGGCUGAUGGGGGAAGAAAGAAAGCAACGUUGAUUAAAGUCGGGUCAAGUCUAUCUGCAAUUUUAGGGAUAUUGCUGUUCAGUUGUUGCACUUAUACGCUGUGGAAAAGGAAGAGUAAGAAAAAAGAGUGGAAGGAAAAUAUCCAAGAGCUUCAAUCACUUGUCUUUGGUCGAGAAACCAUUGGAGAUGAUGACCAGAAGGUUCAAUCAAAUGAUUUCCAUUUGAUCCGCUUAGAUAUCUUGCAUAAAGCUACAGAACAUUUUUCUGAAGAAAAUAAACUUGGACAAGGCGGGUAUGGCCCAGUCUACAAGGGUACAUUAGAAGAUGGCAAAGAAAUUGCAGUCAAAAGGCUCUCAAGAACUUCUGGUCAGGGACUUCAGGAAUUCAUGAAUGAAGUUACUUUAAUUGCAAAAUUGCAACAUAGAAAUCUUGUUAGACUCGUAGGAUGCUGCCUGGAAAAAUGUGAGAAGUUACUCGUCUAUGAGUACAUGCCCAACAAAAGCCUUGAUUUCUUUCUCUUUGAUUCAAACAAGGAUGUUCAACUUGAUUGGCAAAGACGUCUUAGCACUAUUAAUGGAGUUGCCAGAGGCCUCUUGUAUCUACACGAAGAUUCUCGUCUUAGGAUUAUUCACAGAGACCUAAAAACCAGCAAUAUUUUGCUCGACUAUGAUAUGAAUCCAAAGAUUUCAGACUUUGGAAUGGCAAGGAUUUUUGGUGAAAAUCAAAGUGAAGCUAAUACAAAUAGAGUUGUUGGAACAUAUGGAUAUAUGGCUCCAGAGUACGCAAUGGAAUGAUUAUUUUCUAUAAAAUCUGAUGUUUUCAGUUUUGAAGUCAUCCUAUUAGAGAUAAUCAGUGGAAAAAAGAACAACGGCUUUCAUUUUUCAGAAAAGGGUGAAAGCCUCCUAACUUUUGCAUGGAAACUUUGGUCCAAGAAUCAAGGAUUGGAGCUGAUGGACCCAUUAAUUGAGGGGUCAAGUGUUGCGUCCGAGGUGCUGAAAUGCAUUCACAUUGGAUUGUUGUGUGUGCAAGAAGAUCCAGCAGACAGACCCACUAUGUCAUCUGUUGUUGUUAUGUUGGCAAGUGAUCAUAUUACGCUUCCUCAACCCACACAACCUGCAUUUUCUGUAGGUCGAAUUGCGGCAAGAUUAGCUUCCUCAAAUCAGAAAGUUUGCUCUGUUAAUCAAGUAACUCUUUCAAAUAUAUCCCCACGAUGAUGGUGUGAUUGUGAUGUAAUUCUAUAGAUGCUAUUAAAUUUUUAUCCCAGUUCUGUUUCUCAGUUAUCAAUAAUAAGAACAUAUAGAUUUCCUUUGGUUCAUGGAA